CGACCGCCAUCUCCGGAAACUACAAGUCAGCUGCUGAGAGGCUGUUUAUUCUCGAAUUAGCUUGAUGGCUAUCAUCGUUUAGGGUUUUAGGGAGCUUUUCGCACUGCUGAGGCGGUUUCUGGAGACAGUUUAGCGGCUGUUGUUUGGAGACUGGACACCUGAGACGGACCGUGAAGAUGAAGUCGGUGUUUGUCGUCGAGGUUCUGUCUUUGUUUUGUUUUGUGCUGCUCAGCCAAGUGACAGCGAAGAAUUCUGAGGACAUCCGCUGUAAAUGCAUCUGUCCACCCUACAGAGACAUUGAGGGGCAAAUCUACAAUCAAAAUGUGUCUCUCAAAGACUGCAACUGCCUCCACGUAGUCGAACCUAUGCCGGUGGACGGGAAAGAUGUGGAAGCGUACUGUUUACGCUGUGAGUGUAAAUAUGAAGAGAGGAGCUCAGACACCAUCAAGGUUACCAUCAUCAUAUACCUGUCCAUUUUGGGGCUGCUGCUGCUCUACAUGGUCUACUUGACGCUGCUGGAGCCCAUGUUGAAGAGGCGUCUGUUUGGACACUCGCAGCUUAUCCAAAGCGAUGACGACGUCGGGGACCAGCAGCCUUUUGCCAACGCUCACAACGUUCUGUCUCGUUCACACUCUCGACCCAACAUGCUGAAUAAAGUGGAACAUGCCCAGCAGCGCUGGAGGAGGCAGGUUCAGGAACAGAGGAAGUCUGUAUUCGACCGCCAUGUUGUUCUCAGUUAAAAUUGCCUUUGAGUUUCGGGUGGAGCAAAAAAAAAAGAAAAAACAAACAAAAAAACACUGUGACAAAACACUCAAUUUCUAUCGCUUCCUUCCUCUCAUUUGUGGUUUAAAUCUCAUCAAGUGUGACGCAUCUGAGGUGAACAUGGUUACGAAGUUUGGAUCUGUAGAGCAAAAGUUCCUGGCAGAAGCACAAACAAAGCUGGAACUCUUAUUUAGUCUGCAGGCAGCAAAAGAGAUUACAGUGAAGUCAUUUUUGAACUGUCUUAAAUGAACUAGCUGAGAUAGCUUUUCCAAAAGCAGAAUUUACUGUUUGACUAAUAAAUGAUAGGUGCAGUCUCAUCAGUCUAAAGUUGUCCAGGCUUAUAAUUUUAUCAGCCAAACUGGGUUUCAGGGUAAGAUGUCAGGUGCUGGAUGGUGCCACUCCUCAUGGCUGUCUCCUGGCUGCAAUAAUAAUCUGUUUUUAUUGCAUUUAUCUGGUGGGUAUUUUCUCCCCCCCUACAGACGUGAACAUGGCAUCACUAUUGCUCUCACCACAGAAGAAAAGAGUGUAAAAUAUACAUCCCUCAGCCUUCUUUGAAAAUGCAUGUUUUCUAUUAAAUCUUUUAUAAAUGUGUUUUCAUUCCUACCAUGAUGUCUAACAACCGGCGUGAGAUUCAUCAUUUUAUGCAUUACAUUAAGUUUGAUAUUUAAAAGUAGUUUCUCAGAACCGUGUUGCAGAAAUCGAUGCAAUUUUCUUGGUGAUGUAAACAUAGCUGUGCUAUUGAUCCUCAUUUGUUAACCGCCCUGUUGAAAUCAGUGCCCUCUUCAACUGCCUAACUAAUGUAAUGUAUAGUCUUUCAUUUUGGCCCUUUUUGUGCUCGGUCUAACGUCAGCUCCAUGAUCAGUCCUUGUUGUCGGACAGGCAGCAGUGGUUUGGCAGAGUGCUGUUAUUCUGAGCUCAGUGAAGGACAGCACACUGCUGUGAGACCUACGGAAGUGUUCUUAACUAUUGUAUAUGUUGAACUUUGAAAUAAAUUUAUUUGUGAUUCUUGGA